CUUGAAGGGAAGAGGGCGCUGUUAUUGACACUUGUUUAUUUUUUGGUAAAACUUGCCAAAGUUCUUUGUUUUAAUUACUUUUAUUGAAACUAAGUGUAUGCCAAGAUAAACGGAUAUGAAGUGGAUAUUGGUGGUAGUUGCUGGCAUAGCUACCCUGCUAGCUACUCUACACAGCGCAACAUCGUGCAAUGAAGCGGUGUGCGCAAGUCGUGUCAGCAAGUGUAUGCUCAUCAAGUGUUGCGAGUGUAAUAUGAGUAACAAGAGGAACUGCACAUGCUGCACAGACUGUUCUGUUUGUCUCAGUGACCUCUUCACCGAAUGCUGCUCCUGUGUCGGUCUUUGUCCGAAACCUGAUCCAAACAUGAACUUGGGCAAAACCAGCUCCAUAGAGGACCUGAAUGACCCAAUUCCUGAACUGUUUGAUGUACUCACAGAGAUGGAAGAUGAAGAAAACCGCUGGACAACCUUCUCCUAUCCUAGACACAUAGAUACACUGUACUUCAAGCCGGGCAGUCUCAAUGUGGAUUUGAGAUAUGCUAUUGCUAUUGGCGAGGAAGGUAAAAAGAAACCGUCGUACAUUGACAAUGAAGAUUCCCCAGACAAGAACUGUUCUGUGGCCUUCUUCUCGCAGUGUAUGUCGAUCAUAAAGUGCAAAGCCUCGUGCAUGUCUAUGGGCGCCGCCAAGUACCGCUGGUUCCACGAGUAUGGCUGCUGCCAGUGUAUUGGCAACACCUGUCUGGACUAUGGCAUCAGCCAGCCCAAGUGUUUGAAGUGUCCACCGCCAAAUGAACUUGAAGAAGCCGAGUUGGAAAUCACAGAUUAUGACUAUUCAGAGAAUAGCGUGCGUGUGGAUGGCAAGGAUGAAAUACGGGUUGCCGAUGCAGCUAUUGAUUCAGUUGGUUGAGAGGAGGACCAAAUAAUGUGAGAAACGUAUGAUGAUCGAGUCCCAGAAUUUAAUGUGUGCAGAGUUCAGUUGGUUUUUAACUGAAUAAUCAGACAAUAUUGGCGACAGUUUUUAACUGAAUAAUCAGACAAUAUUGGCGACAGUGUGUUAAUAAUCAUAAACAUAAUUUCAACUUUGUGGAGUCUAAGUUGAUAUAAUAUUAUAAAAAAAUAAUAUUUACUAUUAGCGAUAAUGAACAUGAUGAAUUAUUACCUCUAAACACAAAAUAUGUUAAAACUGUAGUUGGUGUAAGAACAUAAAUCAUGUUCUUUGACUUUUAUUUUCCUCUGUUCAGACACCAUGACGGUCUCUUUAAUUUUACUAACUUCACCAACCAGUCCUUGGCUUUGACAUGCUUGUCUGUUGUCUAUUUGUGGCUGACCAAUUUGGAAAAUGCCCCAUAGUAACGGCUAAUGUUGAUGGCAUAUUUUAUUAUUCUUUAUUCUCAAAUACGGUUUACAGACUUUAAUUAAAAGGCCUUCAAGAUUUUAUGGCACAUAGAUGUGUUGAAAUGUUUUUAUUGGUGUUCUGAGAAAUAAUUUUAGUUUUUGUUAAUCAUUAAGUGCUUUUCAAAGUGUUACAUCUUCCGUCCAGUUCAUGAGCUUGCUACAAAAGUUAUUGUUAAAAACAAAUAAUCUGGUAAUUUACUCCGUUAAUAUAGCAUGCCAUCAUAUUACCGAAUUGUGUAAAGAAUCUUUGUUAUUAGUAAUACAUGUAUUGCCAUGGAUAUAAGUCAUUGGAGGAAUGUAAUAGCAAAGGCUCUUCAUAAUUUUAGAUUCUAUUUUAUAACGUGAUAGAUUCAAACAAGAUCAGAGAAUGCCAAAUUGUUUGGACAAAAAAGUACUCCAUGUUAUUUUUAUUUUGUUGCAUAAGAAUUAUGAGAACAUGUUAAGAGACAAUAAUUAAAAGGUAUCAACAUUUUGUGUUGUAAAUUUGAGCUUGUUAAUCAAAUAAUGCAUGUUCAUGUGUUGAACAUGUAUGCUAAACUAGUCUCCAACAAAUAAAAAAUACAGUUAAUAGAGAUUCUAGUAUAAGUACAGAAUUACUUAUUUUUUAUUUACUUAGAGGUUCCCAACAUGACAUAUCAAUAUUAUUUAAUUGUUUACUGUAGAAGCCAUAUUGAUUUGUGUUAGUAGUGUGUGCUUGCCGUGUGCUAGAAACCUAUAUGUAAUGGUUGUGAUAUAUUACCCUGUAGUGUAUAGUUCGUCCAUGUAUACUUAGAGGCAUAUUUGUAAAUACAUGAUUUAUAUAAUUUG